AUGGACGCGUUCGUCUCGAGGAAACGUCGAAAAUUAUCCCUGGCUGAGAAAGCUGGCGUGGAAUCAUUCGAGGCAUCGCCGGUUGCUGAGAAUCAGGUCGAGGAUUCGACCGACAUUAAGCUCGCCAUUUUACUAUCAUUGUACCCGGAUGUCGAGCAGGAUGAUAUUCUGGACGUUCUUGUGUCAUGCGAGGGCUCCGUAGAUGCGGCGUCAGCGUUGCUGUCCUCGCAAGGGCCCACAGCAAAAGCACCAAACCCUAAGAGACGGGCGGCACCCAACUCUUCAUUCGGCAUUCAAACGUCCAUGUCAUCGCACGUUUUAACGAGAGGGGAAGAUGGAUCUUUCAAGCCAAACCCUGCACCUCUACGCCCCCGAGGACGUGGCAGCCCACACACCUUGCACGAUUAUUCACAACUUUCUUCCCCGGAAGAGGCCAAUGGGCUCCUGAAAGAGCUACUCCAUGAAGCGGACCAUUUUUCAAGAUACGAAUUUCAACUAUUUAGUCGAACAGUACAAAGUCCGCACACUGCGUGUAUAUACGUUUCCACGCCUGAGGAAUACAAGCAACAGACUUCCGAAUACACGUACGGCGGUAGCUACCGCGCAAACGUGCGGGAAGCAACGCCGCACUUGCGAACGGUAUCACGAAAGGUUCAGACCAAGGUGAAUGAAGAGAUUCAGCAACGUAUCCGCGAGAUCUACCCCGAUGGAAAGAAACUCAAAUACCAAUCACCAAAGCAGUGGCGACCAAAUGCAGCAUUUGUCAACUGCUAUGACGGACCGACUGAGAGCGUAGGAUACCACGCAGACGAACUGACCUAUCUUGGUCCACACCCGGUGAUAGGUAGUCUUAGCUUAGGGGUGGCACGAGAAUUCCGAGUACGCCGGAUUGUCGCCCGGGAUGACGAGGCAGACGCAGACGAAGCGGUAGAUGAGGGCGGCAAAGAGUCUCCAUCGUCGAAGGGCAAAGACCAGAAGGCCGCGGCUCGUGCAGAUGCGCAGGGACAGAUCUCCAUUCACUUACCGCAUAAUUCGCUCCUAAUUAUGCAUGCAGAGAUGCAGGAAGAGUGGAAGCAUGCGAUCAGCCCUGCGCAAACGAUUUCUCCACAUCCCAUCGCAGGGAAUCGGCGCAUCAAUGUUACCUACCGUUGGUAUCGCGAUACUCUGCACCCUCGAUACAUUCCCCGGUGCCAAUGUGGCAAGCACGCGAUUCUUCGGUGCUCACAGCGCAAGCAGGAGACUCGGGGCCGAUACAUGUGGAUGUGCUAUGCGGGAUACGCACCAGGUAAACAGGGAUGCACCUUCUUCCAAUGGGCCGAGUUCAAUGAUGACGGCGAUCCGAUGUGGGGGUCGGCAGCUCGCCGAGAGUGCCGAUGA